UGUGCAGACAGUCCCUACGCUGUCGCAUCCACACACGCACGCAGCAGACGGCUGUUUAUUCGGGCACAGCCUGCACCCUGCUCCCGGCAGGCUCUAUGCCAGCGCUCCCCUGUGCACCCCCCCUUCCCCCCGGAUCCUGUGCCUCUCGCUCUGGGCUCGGCUGUGCGGGGAUCACAGAGACCCCCGGUGUCUGCCGCUUGUCGGAAUGGGCUGCCAGCUCUCCGCACUGCUGGAGGACGACGGGACAGUGGUCAGUGGACAGGACCUGGCCCACGUCAGCCACCGUGACGCGCUGCGCAUCCUGCACAGCUAUGAACAGCCAAUCACACUGCAACUAGAGGGGUGGAGGGGCCGGUACCACCAAUCACGGCAGACCUCCGACUGCAGCACCCAAACUGAGCGGUCAUGGGACGCUCUCCGAGGCCUGGGGGUGAUGGCGGGCUCCACCUCCAGGUUGAAUGCUUACACCAACAGACCGUGCUGCAACCAUAUUGCCCUGUCACGUGAUCACUACAGAGCCAGUGAGUACCUUCCCAGUAUCCCCUUGGACAGAGACAGCAUGGACGAACUGGCUUUGCAGGAGGCUGAGCUGUCCAGCUACGUCCCCAAACAACGGAGCUGUCUGAUUGGAUGCUGCAAUGCAAACACUGAGGAGCCCAGCAGCUUCCUGAGCCAGACUGAGGAUGAUGAACCUGUGCUGGAGAAGCCAAUGGGAUACCUGCCCCUCCUCCACGAGCUGGACAGCGGACUGGGCUGCACCGAUGGCAGCUUCCACCAAGGGGAGCUGUCAGGGGUGGAGACAGAGGAGGGGGUGGAGGAGCCAGUGUCGACCCCGCCCGAACCCACCAGCCGCGCUGGAUCACCUUCCUCCGAGUCACUCAUUUCCUCUGAGCUCAGCGACUCAGGAUUCUACAGUGUCAGCACAGGCGAAUUCCUCCACUUCCAGAGGCUGCUGGAAAAGAAGCUCCGCCUCUACCGGGCCAGGGGGAUCUCCAGGGACCAGAGAGAUGGGCUCAAAGCAUGCUGGGAUUUGGAGUCCAUCCCUGAGGUACUGACUUGCCAGCCCCAGAGCGGGCAGGCCCCUGAUGCCAGCACAGCCAGCAUGAGUCACCUCUGCCCGAUGGGUAUGUCCUUGGUCCAGCUCAGGAGGGCAGGAAGCCCACGUCUUGGCAGGUACAACUCGGGUUCCAUCUUUUCUCCACCACCUGGCCCUUCCAGCUGCAGUACCCCUUCCUGCCUGCGGAGGGGGAUGCUGCAGCACCAGAACUCCUCCAUGGAAUUCCUGCACCGCUCUGGCCCACUUAUGGACAGGCGGCGAGCCAGCCACCCUGUGUCACCCACCUACUGCAGAGCCGCAGGGCUCCAGCAGAGGGAGCUUUCCAUAGAUUUCCCAGAGAAGGGACCACUACUCCAGACCCGCCAAACAGGCUGCAGGGCUGUACCCCAGCAACAGGGAUCUACAGAGGGCUGCCAAGACUUUUUACCCAGAGAGCUUUGCUUCAAAGAGGAUGGUGGUGAGAAACAGGAGCAAAUCUUCAGCAAGGAAAAUCUACCAGUAGGGAAGGAAAGGCAGGGGGAGAGGGACCAGCACUGCCACACCCUUCACUUCCCUCAAGAUGUCCACGAAACCUGGCCUAAAUCAGCCAGCCAUGCUGGCCAGAGGGGGGCACCCUACAGCACAAUGAACGGUCACUCUGCCAGCACUGGGAAGUGUCAGAGCGGCCAUUCCCGCAUGGUGCGCAACCAGCUGCUGAAAGCCCGGGCCUCCCGGCUGGCAGACGAGCUCAGCGAGGCGACCACGGAUGAGGAGGCACGGGUGGAGGUGAAGACGGGCCGCUACUGGAGCAAAGCAGAGCGCCGGCGCCACCUGCUGCUGGCCCGGGAGCAGCGGCAGCGGCGGCUGGCCCGCGGGGGGCCCAGCGGUGGUGCGGAGGGCGGGGCCGUUGGCGGGGCUGGCUGCAGCAUGGUGCUAGAGCUCAGCCAGCGUAAGCUGACCCGUCUGCGGAACCGCAAACUGCUAGAUGACUGGACCACCCUGGAGGAGCUUCUGACACAUGGAACCAGGGCAGGGAGCAGCGAGGGGAUCCUCUGCCCCAGCCCCCUGCUGGCCGUCACCACCGUGUAG